UAAUCGUUUAGUGGCUCAGACCCAUCUCUUCUCAAAGCCAGGGUCUCUACUCCUAUUAUGUUCAUAUGUUUUAUGGUCUAUGAUAACUAUAUCAUAAAGUUCUUCCUCUGAUAUGAUUUUAAGAGAUCAAGUUCUAGUAAACUAAUUCAAAGGCAACUGAUCGGUUUGUUUUGAAGAAGAUCAACGCCUGUUUAGCUUCUUUUCUUUUCUUUAUUAACUGUUUGAUCCGAAUUCGGUGUCGUUUUCUUUGAUCCGUUAAAUCUGAAUGGACGCCGUUCUGACGCCUCAGCCUCCCAACAAGAAUACCAGAAUCAAAACCCCGAAGAAAAAAGGAGGAGGUAAUUUCAAUUCUUAUAAACGCUCUGAGAAUUUUGACGCCUAUGCAGGUCUCUUGAACCCUCCUCCUUCACGAUCCAUGUCAUUCUCCUACUCUCAACCGCUCUCCGCUUCUUCUAUCUUCAAUCACCACCGCCACGUGCAACAACAACCACCUCUGCUUCCUCUUCCUCACGCUUCCGGAGGCAUUCGAGGCAGAGACAAGUCUCUGACACCGAAGAAAUCGAAGCCAACGAAGCGAGAGGAAGCGAAGAAGAGAUCGGGCACGCAGUUUCUUAUUGUGGCCUCUCAAAACCCCUGGGGUCCGGAUCCCAAGGACCUUCCCAGACUGGUCCCGGGGAUGGGAAACGUCAACGACGUCGUCUCGGCCGCCGUUUUUAAUUUGGCUCCGCCGCCCAGUAGUUUGCCGUUACCCAACUUUUCUCUCAGAUCGAAACUCGGUUGCAAAGCGGAGGCCGCUGCCGGUAGUGGCGUUGACGACGGAGCAACCAACAAUCUCCGGCGACUUCUACGCCUCCGGUGACGUUGUAACCCUCUCUUUCUGUCUCUCUACCUCUCUCCCGGUUUCGUGGUCGAUCGUGUGUAACAUGAUCGAAUAUGCUUAGUGUGUUGGGUCACGUUACUCGAUGCUUGCACCUACUAUUAUCUUACUACAGUGUUAUUAUGUGUAAAUAAAAACAUCGGCGAGGGUAAAUUGCUGAUGCGGGGGUGUUGGUGAAUACGCUUUGUUUUGUUUUGUCGUGUGGUAUUAGUUGAAGUUGUGCACCGCCUAUGGUUUUUUGAAUGGGAUGCACAUAAUGAUGAUUGGUAGUUCUUUUGAACUUUUGUAUGUACCAUCCGUUUGGGCUAAAAAGUCCGUUUCAUAUGUGUUUAAAUUAUCAGGUUAUUAUUAUCCUU